AACCUCAAAGCAAAGAGGAACCUCUCCAGGGACCUGAGGCAAGCCCGAUCCAUCUCCUUCCCUUCCUUCCCCAGAGACGACCCCUGUCAAGAAUCUGGCUGCCAGUGGAUCCAUGGGGCCAAGUCACGUCUGCCCACAGCUGCUAGCGUUUGCAUCCCUGGGCACUGAGAUCGAAGCUUGACCCCAGCAAGGACCAGCCCUGCCCCAUCGCAGGAAAUGGCUGAACGGCCUGAGCAACAGCAAAUGAAAACUUCCUUCCUCUUCAUCCAGCUAUGGGCCCCGCCUCGAGCUCUCCCUGCCCUGUCUCCAGCCGCUGCAGCCUGGACAGCAGCCCCAGGGGGCCUGGAGGAGGGACACAUUUUCCCAAGUCCCAGGACAGGCUUUUUGGCAGGCCACGACCUCAGGCACACACAGGGCUUGGCUGUUCCUCCCUCGCUCCUACAGAAGGAGGGCCGUGGGACAGUGAAACUAGCUGCUUUCAGUUGCUCUGCUCUUAAGGAGGAGACAGAGGGAGAGGAAAAACACCAGGAUCUGGAAGUAAGGAGGGGUGGAGUUGGCACAUCCCCACGUCGCAGGCGUUCCCUGGCCCCUGCGUCUGGGACACUUGGACGGCUACAGCCCCUGUCAUGCAGACUUCCUCGCCCAGCUGCCGUCAUGAGCGAUGGAAGCAAUAAUCCCUCCACGGGCUGGAAGCACUGGCCGGUCAUGACUGGCCCCCAGGACCUGUGGAGAGUGGACCCGCAGUCUUGCGAUGCUUUGGGAUGCUCAGUUCCACAGGCCACCCUGACCCAUGCUGCUGACAGGAGUGAAGAAGUGAAGAGAGGUGCUGCCAUCUACCAGGUACUCCCAAAGAGCUGUGAAGAGGGCACAGGUCCCACAGUGAAGGCAAGGAGGGCGAGGCUCUGCAGAUACUGUCCACCCGUUCAGACCAGCACGAGCUGCCUGGCCCCACCCGCUGCCCUGCCUUACAAGGCAGAGACAUUUGUUUGGGUUAACAAUGCAUCAGCACAUUCCCAGAGUGUUGCCAAGGCCAAAUAUGAAUUUUUAUUUGGCAGAUCUGAAGAGAAAACUCCAGAUACUAGUGAUCAUGGAGGAAGCACUUUACUCCCACCACAUGUCACAAAUGAAUUUCCAGAAUAUGGGACCAUGGAGGAAAGUGGAGAAAGCCUAAGAGCUUCUCUCAAGUUUGAUGCAGAGUCUCUGCCAUGUUGCCCACAAGGGCAGCAGGGGGUCCAGCUUCUUGCCGGCCACCACUCUGGGCUUGACAGUGUUACGGAAGGACCAAAAGAUGUUGGAGAGCCCCCCUCUCAAAGUCAUCUCAAGGAACAAAGUUUACAACCCAUUGACUCUUUGAUUUCAGCUCUGAAAGCCACAGAAGCCAGAAUAGCUUUAGGAACAUUACAGGCUACAAAGGUACUAGACAAAGAUGCUGUUUCUAGUUUGUCAGUUCAGCAGGUGGAAAAAGAGGUGGACACUGACAGUCAGAAAGUACAGAGAUCCAACAAACUGUUCUCUGCUGGCCAAGAAAAAUCACCAGAUAGACCUUUCUCAGCUGAAGUUAUGACUGAGGACAGUUUGUGUUUGAGCAUCCAGAAGGAUCUGACGGUACUGUUAACUGGAGAAACUCAGGCAGAGCUUCCCCAGAUAACCACUGGGAGAAGAGUGGCUCUCCACGUGCAGAAGCCAGCUUGUCCAGUCUCCGCUGUGGGGAGCCCAGCAGCAACCCACGACUCUGCGGGCAGUGUUGGUGUUUUGAGAGAGAGAAGGUCUGAUCUGGGGCGAGAGCACCCAGGGGGCUGUGAUCGAGGCGGCUCUGCGGGACGCCCAGGCCGGGUCAAACAUGUGGGAUUUCAGGGGGUGGAAAUAUUGUGGACAGGAGGGGAGAAAGGAGAGACAUGGCAUCCUGUGGAUUAUGAGACAUCAUUGGAAAGGACCACCUCUCUUGAAAGCAAAGAGUUUUCCAAAGUGCCAGACCAUCUCGUCUCAUCUGCUCGUUUAUGUAAUUCAGUUGGUUUAACUGAGAAUGUUUGGGAUGGAACCUGGAGAGCACCUUCAGAGAGGCCUGGCGCCAGCUCAGGGACAUUUUCCCCUGCCCCUCUUGUUGAGAGUGGAGAGGAUGAAGUCUUCCUAAAGGAAAACAAAGAACAUCUUGAGAAGAAGCCUGAACUGGAGAGAGACCAGGAAAGGAUUCUUGAGCAAGAAGAGCACUUUAGGGGAGGAGAUGACGACACCCUUGGGCCUGGGGGUGCAGAAGACUCCACUGACGUAUACAGUUCCCAGUUUGAAACCAUUUUGGACAACACUUCUUUAUACUACAGUGCGGAGUCCUUGGAGACAUUGUACUCAGAGCCUGAUAGCUAUUUCAGCUUUGAAAUGCCCCUCACUCCAAUGAUACAGCAGCGCAUUAAAGAAGGCAGUCACUUCCUGGAGAGGACGUCAGUGGGAGGACAGCAAGACAUUCUGAGUGUCUCAGCAGAUGGUGGCAUAGUGAUGGCCUCUUCUAGUGGGCUCACCAAUGGGCUGAAUGAGGCCAGUGACUCCAUCCACAUGAAAGGCACCCCCCCGGAGAUUGUUUUCUGGGGAAGCAACGCUGGGGUGAAAACAACAUUGCUAGAGGCUCAUUCUGAAAUGGGGAGCACUGAAAUUCUGGAAAAGGAGACCCCGGAAAGUCUCAGUAAUGGUACCAGCAGCAACAUAGAAGCAGCCAAAAGGUUGGCCAAACGCCUUUAUCAACUAGACAGAUUCAAAAGAUCGGAUGUUGCAAAGCACCUAGGCAAGAACAAUGAAUUUAGCAAACUAGUUGCUGAAGAAUAUCUGAAGUUUUUUGAUUUUACAGGAAUGACGCUGGAUCAGUCUCUCAGGUAUUUCUUUAAAGCAUUUUCUCUUGUGGGAGAAACUCAAGAACGAGAGAGAGUUUUAAUACACUUCUCCAAUAGAUAUUUUUAUUGUAACCCAGAUACCAUUGCUUCACAAGAUGGGGUCCAUUGCCUCACCUGUGCGAUGAUGCUUCUCAACACAGAUCUCCACGGCCAUAAUAUUGGAAAGAAGAUGACCUGCCAGGAGUUCAUUGCAAACCUCCAAGGGGUAAAUGAGGGUGGUGAUUUCUCCAAGGAUCUCCUGAAAGCUCUGUACAACUCAAUCAAGAAUGAGAAGCUUGAAUGGGCAGUAGAUGAUGAAGAGAAAAAAAAAUCUCCAUCAGAAGGUACUGAUGAGAAGGCUAAUGGAACGCAUCCAAAGACCAUCAGUCGUAUUGGGAGUACUACCAACCCAUUCUUGGACAUUCCUCAUGACCCAAAUGCUGCUGUGUACAAAAGUGGAUUCUUGGCUCGGAAAAUCCAUGCAGAUAUGGAUGGAAAGAAGACUCCAAGAGGACGGCGAGGGUGGAAAACCUUUUAUGCUGUGCUGAAGGGGACAGUCCUUUACUUGCAAAAGGAUGAAUAUAAGCCAGAAAAGGCCCUGUCUGAAGAGGACUUGAAGAAUGCCGUGAGUGUGCACCAUGCACUGGCGUCCAAGGCCACGGACUACGAGAAGAAACCAAACGUGCUUAAACUUAAAACUGCCGAUUGGAGGGUCUUGCUCUUUCAAGCCCAGAGUCCAGAGGAAAUGCAAGGGUGGAUAAACAAAAUUAAUUGUGUUGCAGCUGUAUUUUCUGCACCACCAUUUCCAGCAGCCAUUGGGUCUCAGAAGAAGUUCAGUCGCCCACUUCUGCCGGCCACUACCACGAAAUUGUCUCAGGAGGAACAGCUGAAAUCUCAUGAAAGCAAGCUGAAGCAGAUUACCACCGAGCUGGCCGAGCAUCGCUCGUAUCCCCCAGACAAGAAAGUUAAAGCCAAGGAGAUCGACGAAUACAAACUGAAAGAUCACUAUCUGGAGUUUGAGAAAACCCGUUAUGAAAUGUACGUCAGCAUUCUGAAAGAGGGAGGCAAGGAGCUCCUGAGGAACAGUGAAGGCGAGGCCGCGGGGCUGAAGAAGUCACAUUCCAGCCCGUCGCUGAACCCAGACUCCUCUCCCGUCACUGCCAAGGUCAAGCGGAACGUGUCAGAGAGGAAAGAUCACCGACCUGAAACAGCAAGCGUUAAGCAAAAAGUUACUUAGAAUCCGCCUAGGACCAGGAUGCUGGUCAUGGGGAAUAGAGUUUUUCAAGAUCCUUCUGGUAAAUCCAUGAGUAUAUUUUAAAAAAAAAAGUCUGUGACUGAAUGGUGCAUUAGUAACCUUUUCUAUUGUAUAUUUUUGUUAGUUUCUGUACAGAUUGUCUCCUUGCUCUUGAUUUCUUUGCUUUGAUGAUUUUUGCUACUUGGUAACUAAUGCACCUUUUCUGUGAGGGGAGGGACCACGAUUUCAGAAUGAAAGCCGUCUCACUUCUCCUUUGGUUUUCUCUUGUUUGCACUCUACUCAGUUGUUUUAUGUGUUCUCAAAUCAGCUGUUAUACUUUUUUUUAAGGUUAAAAAAUUUAAUCCAUUGUGAAACCCUUAACUGGACAAACUUUGUAGUUUAGUGAAUUCUAGCCGGAGUUAAUAGAAACCUUUAUAUGUGAAAUCUUGCCCGGUCACAGAGGUGGAACCGAGCACUCACAGAGGUUCAGCCGAGAAUUACAGUUCUGGGAGUCGAGAGGCCCGCGGGGGUGCAGCUCUACCUGCAUCUUAGCGCUUCUGUUGAGGUCGGACCCUGCUGGAAGCAGGCAGAGGGGGUGUGAAGGUCGCAGGACAGGGAGCUCAGGAAGCACUAGCUUGCCAGAAGUGUCGACUCCCUUUCAGCCAAGCAAGGGAAGAGGAAGUGGAAUCUUUUCGUUGUUGAAGGUUGCCAGGAAGAUGACAGCACGUUCCUGUGGUUCUGUCUAGGACCGUGGGGGCUGCACCAGUGGGCGUGUGUGUGGCCUGCAGGAAAUUGUCCCCUUGCUCCCACAGGGUCUGGACCAGGGAUGCGGACUCCUUCCUGUUGUCACACCCUGCCAUCCAGGAAUUAGAUUCUUUUCUAUGUUAUAUAGGCAUGGUGUUAUCUCCUGGCUGUAAGAAUAUUGGGGUCUUCCUAAUGCAAUAAUGUGGGAAAAGGACCCCCUUUUGUUCUUUUCCUAAAGAAAACAAAAUAAGAAAGGAAAAAGUAGCUGCAGUUGCCGGCAACGGAAUAUUGAUUCUUUAAAAUCAACUUGAAAGUAAAAAAUAGUCUGAAUGAAUUAUGGUUGGAAAACUGAGGAAUCUGCUGUUGCAUAUGCAAAGUUACUUAAUUUACUCUUAUCUCAGCCUCUUUGAUAGCCACUUGACUUUGCUACUACUGAACUUUCUCCUAAAAAUAGACACUUUAUUUUAAAUCAUUUCUUUCUGUCUUCUCGAAAUAGUUCUGUUAACCUUACAGUCACGAGCCUGUUGGAAUGAGGUCCCUCUGGAAUUCAGGGUGAUAAACAGGACAUUCUCUCGUGGAGGAAGACAAGAGUGAAAACUGAGCCCACGGUGAAUUAGAACUUUCUGAUUUUGAAACCUGUGAGCCUGAAAUCUGUAAUCCCCACAACUUCAGAACUAUGGAAUCACUUUGAAUACUCUUUCCCUCCCACAGAAAUUUCCUCUGUUCCACUCAGUUUAUUAAUUAAAGGUACUCUGACCAAAGAAGUAGGGACUCCGCGUGAAUAGCAUGGUUCCAGCGAGUUAGAGAAGACCCACUGUUAAACCGUGGUGGUGUCUAGUGGGGUGGUGUUCUGACUCAGAGGGUUAUCUAUUAACAUUUACUUCCUUCACCCGUAUGAAUGCCCAUCUUUGCUGGUGCCCAGGAAAGAGAAAGGCCUCUCUGAGGUGGCAGCUGCUUGCUUUGUGAUAAGUAUUUUGCCUCACCUUUGAAAGACUCACUCUGACUCUCUGUCUUGUUAGGUAAAGGGAUAGAUUCAAUUUAUGUUUCAAAACAGAAGCAAACAGGGUAGUGGCCAAUAUGGCCCAUGUACCUGAUUCAUUUUCGUAGCUUCUGACUAAAUCCAAGAUUUCCACAAGGGAAUCAUCUUUCUUCCUAGAAUCUGAAUAAUCAGCCUGUUUGUUUUCUGCCUACAUAUAUAUCCUAAGCAGAGGGGAGAGAGGUACCUAGACUCUGUCAUCUCUGAGCUUCAAUAACUAAAGAAAAAUAACCAUCCCUGACUGGCUUGAACGUGUUGGCCCACAGUGUGAGUGUGUCUGUGUAUAGAAUGUCUCUGUGUAUUUUACUUACAGUGUGUAAUAGACAUGGAAUGGUACUUGUUACGUGUUGCUGACAUUUAGAGUGGUUCUGAGAUACUCGGCUAGCAUCAGCACCACGACAGCCUUGUUCCCAUUGUAUGACUCUCUCAUGCUAACGCAGGAGCCUCUGGCUGUGCUCGUAGAUAGUGGGUAAGAGGGCACUUUGGAAGCUGUGGAUACUCUCUUUCCAUAGUUUAUCUUUAAAAACAACUGCAAAGAUUAUUUUGAGAGCCAGGAUCCCAGAUAGCCCUGGCAUGAUAUUGUCCAUCUUUAGGUGAUGGGCUGAGAACACUCUCUGAGCCCUCUGAAAUGUUAGUGUCUGUUGUCAGUGUACUCAGCAGGCCAAGAGUUUAUCCUAUAGGAGGAAAUGCCUCUGAUGUGACUAGAUUCUGAAAAUCUUGCCCAUAGCCAACCACAUUUUCUUUUGUGGUAAUUUCUUUCCUAUGGUAUCUGGUCAGAAGAAAUUGAAGACGUUUCCUUCCACAGCCUGCUGCCCAUUCACGGUACAGGGGAGUCACCUCCUCCUCUCCUUCCGAAGGGACGCCCCCUCCCCACGCCCACUCCUCACCCCAACCUCAGCACAGGAGCCUUGGGAUUUCUCUCAUGUGACAAAUCAUUAUUCCUCUACACAUUUAUACACUUAACAUUAAUUUUUAGUAUAGAAAAUCUGAUAGUCAUCAAAAUACCUUGGUAAUAGUCUUGUUGCCAAACUGACCAUGGAAGUGGCCCACGUGUCAGAUCCGUGAGUGUCUCGGGGUUCGUUCUCCCACCUCACAGGCUGACUUUUCCAGGAGGUGUCAGGAAUUCCUUGGUGGCAGUCAAAACUUAAUUCCUAGCAUGCAGAGUCCUUAUUUUAUUGCCAGGCCAUACACAUUAUUCGAAGUGUGCUUUUUAAAAACAUCAUUUUGCUAAGUCUUAGUAAUGCCUAAUUAAACCAAGCAAUACUUCUGUGCAUUUUAGUUAGUCUCAAUCAAACCAGCCCGUGGGAGAGUGCUGUGGUGGCGCUGUGUUCCGGCUGUGUGUAACCUUUUCUGUCGCUCUGAGGUAGGGAGGGUAGAAAGCAACUGUGUUAGGCCCUCCCUGCUCCUCUGACUGUUACAGUUCAGAAGACAAGCACUGCUUCCUAGUCAGAGUGCUAGGAGGGAAUUCAUUCUAGACUAGGAGGACUGGCUGGCUUUCCAGGGCCAGGCUAGGGGUGGUUCUGUGGCCAAACCGCAGAGCUUCUGAGGCUGGAGAAGGGUUUACGUCACCACCAGCAGGGAGGCCCUUUUGCCGCCUAGGCGCAGUUACACGGUUUCACUGGUCCUGCCCGCUGCCCCCGCUGUCAGGCAAAGGGCCCGGGACAGCGUUCUUCGCUAAGGCAGGGCCUGCUGUCACGGUGAGCCAGCAGUGUCUCUCCUCUGCCUUUAUCCUCGGUCAUAGACAGUUGAAAGAAAACCGACCUUAAGGAAGUUUCUCCGUGGUCUUACCAUCAAGGCUUUCUUGUGUUUAGUUAGUUGUCCUUGGGAUUUGAGCUCCUUUGGCAUUUUUCCUUGUAGUCAUCAGUUAGCUUUGUUAAACCUCAAUUCACAGGGAGCAUUUUAGCCUUGUAGGUCCAGUCUCUGUAGUUUAGCUCUUAUGGACCUGGUCAAAUUUCAGCAGGUUGGUGGCCACCUUGCUUAAUUUCAGCCCCGAAUAGUCCCUUCUUCACUUUUCAAAUGACAGAAUUUUUUCCAACUGUAAAAUUAGCUCUGUUAAACAAAGAACCCAAGUGGCAUGCUAGGACUUGUGAAAAGUGGAGCCUGCUCUGUCGCUAACAGUGCGGCUGUGGGUUUGAAUAGCAUCUGCUUUUCUCGCAGAGCAUCUGUUAUUCUGACAGAAAAGGGUCGGUCAGCUGUGCGGGCAGAUGAGCCUCUGGGCCCACCUUGCUCCAAAGCUCCCUGGCUGGCUGUUCUCCCAGGCCAGGCCACUCGUCUGCCCCAGCUCCGGCUUGUCACAUCCUACACCAUCAAGUCGUCCAGAGGACGGCAGAGAUCAUAGUUCACCACAAAAUAAUCCCCACAGGUGACAGAGCAGUGCUUUUCAUUGCCUCUCUCAGAUUCCUUUCAAACUUCGCACUCUGAAAAGGAGGGCUGAAGUCCAAAGUCAUUGGCAUUCUCCUUUUGUACCUACAGUAUCCGAAACCGAGUGGGCAGCCUUCUGCUGAGGACAGGAGCUGGCCCUUUGCAUGCAGGGAGAAUUUCUUCAAUAGGGAGAAUGUCAGGAAAUACUUGAAUCUGCAUGACGGUUGUUGACUUGAAUGCAACAGCAAGAAAAUAUUGCAAGUAUCUGUAUAUACAGUAGGUUUCCUUAAGUCUCUUUGGCUCAUCCUUUGUAAUUUAUCUGUGUAUCGGUAGUAUUGCAGACCUUUCGAGAAUAUUCAUAUAGAUAGUAUGUCAGACAUCAAAGAAAAUGCCUUCUGUCACCUGCCAAUGUUGUACUGUGGGUAUUUAUAGUUGUAUGUAUAUGUAUCAAUGUGUAGAUUGUCUAUCAGUAUAUGGUAUAUGUAUAUCAAAUUUAUUUUUGUUCUAAUAACCAGUGUGAUAUGAAAAGUAAAAACCUCAUAGGAUUGAGUAUAUAAUGCAGUUAUUGGGAGUAUAUAUAAUGGUACUGUUUUAUUAAACUUAAAUUCAAAUGAUA